UAAUAAUAUUCAGAGAAUUACCAUGUUGGUAGACAGACUCUGUAAACUCUAUGGCUCCCCUGUGGCAACAGUGGAUGGAACAACGUGGAAUUCCUUCCCAAGGGUGACCUCCCUGGCCAAGUCAGGGGUCGAAGAGACACUCAGGGAACAUGGCUUUGGUUACAGGGCAAAGUUCAUCAGCAAAUCAGCACAGAUGAUCCUGGAAAAGGGAGGUGAAGAGUGGCUGUUCUCCUUGCGAAAGUUGCCUUAUGAUGAGUGCCAUGCACAGCUCAUGACUCUGAAUGGUAUUGGAGCUAAAGUAAGUGACUGCAUCUGCCUCAUGUCCAUGGGUCAUCUUGGGGCCAUCCCUGUGGACACACACGUAUUCCAAAUUGCCGCGCGUGAUUACCUCCCACACCUGCGUUCUUGCAAGACAGUCACAGACAAGGUAUAUAAGGAAAUUGCCAACCACUUCCGGCAAAUCUUUGGGGAAUAUGCUGGUUGGGCACACUCGGUCCUCUUCAGUGCUGACCUCAAGAAAUUUGACAGCCUUAAGAAUGAUGAAAGUGAAGAGCAAAAUCAGAAGAAGAAGAUGAAAAAGAAAUGAUGGGAAAUAAAGAGACAGAGUUCCUUGGGAAAGAAUUAUCAACGUGAAAUUUUUAUGCAUUGCAUUUGGGUUGUUUCUCAUGUUGGUUGGUCUUUGAAUGUACAAAGUUCAGCGUACUUCAGUGCAGAUGUUAUGAGAGAGAGGUGUAUAAUUUGUCUCUUGUGUGACUGAAGGAUGGUCUGCCCAUUUGUUGACUUGCUGAAAUUCAUUUAUUUUAUAUGGAGGAUGGUAAUGUCUGCUCAAUACCUUUGCAAAUACUCAGGUGAGAAAAAAAGACAUAAUAACUAUUUUAUAGAAAACUAUUUAAUGUUAUUGAAUAUAUUUUCAUUAUUUAUUUAGGGCAGGGCUACUCAACUGUUAUGAGCAGAGGUCCAGUUAGACAAAGUCCACUAUAUGCAGAGGUCCAGAUAAAUAUUUUACAUGCAAUAAAACCACCAAUCUGAAUGCUGCAUAGUGUUCCCAUAUGUCCCCUAACUUACCCUACAGUCAGUCGAGGAAAUACACUUUCAGGAAUCUAUCACCUGGACCUUCAUUUUAUUUAAUUAUACUUUUCUCCUCCUGGAGCCUGGGGUCCUGCUACAACACUCAGAAGGUCCGGAUUCUGACCACAGCCCAUCAGUUGAGUAGUCCUGAUUUAGGGAAAUUAUUUUACUUAAGAUGAAUUAACUUCAAUUAAUAUGAAAAGAUCAGCUUUGUGUGUGAUUUCCUAAUUCCAUAUGGACUCUUUGAAAUUAUAUAUU